AUGAUUGGUCCUUUUUUUGAGGAUUCCGUUCUUAAAACUGAUUUUAAUGGAGAGUUUGUGACCACAUGUGAUGGCCAAAAUGAUCUCAAUCCCGAAAUUCCUUUUGACAACGUGGAAGCUUACUCUGAGAUGUGCGGUAGUGAUUCCUAUGGGGCACUUUUCUUGAUGGACUCCAAUGAUCUCCUGGAUGUACGCGAAGAAAUCAUUGGAGACGAUAAGAUUGAUCCGUCGAAUGUUUGUCCGAUACAGUGUCCUGAAAAGUUGAAAGUUGUAGGAUCUCGUGGGAAGUUAAAACCGGAGAAAAAGGGUGAGUCAUAA